AGUUUGUAUUGAAUAGAAAAUAUCUUAAAAUCGAUGUCAGACAUUUUAAAAAUCGCUGGCACAAAAGAAGAAAUCGGACAGAACGGUGUGAAUUUACAAGUACGCGGAUCCCAUUUGGAUAACAUGGCCUAGACAGUAAGCCUAUAGUAUACCUUCAAUUAUGGAGUAAUAUACUGUUUGGAUCUGUGCAUAUUUGUCUUAAUAUUCUCCUGGAGAAAGCAUUUGCAGCUGACAGAAACUUCACCACCUGCUCCAAGGACGGGGUAUCAAGAACUGCACACAAAAUCGCGCCAGCACCCAGUGCUGUCGGUCAGGCUGUAGCCUCCGGCCACAUGCCAUGCCGCGCUGAAGUCCUACCACGCUGCACGGACAGUGCCUCCAACAAAUGUGGCCCAAUCAAGGCGACAUCUCCGUAUUCGACCAACUACGCUACAUGCUGUGAUUCCAUCCACCCCAACUGAACACAUGGAACCGACCAUUGGUACGAUCAUUGGUGUAUCUGUCGGCGUGUUUGUCUUCGUGCUUAUGGUGGCGCUAGUGCCGCUGUUCGUCAUGUGCUAUGCUGCUGCCAAGACGGACAAAUUGAGGCGCAAAAACAGAAUAGGUGUUAUUGCCCGACCCCCGCCGUACAGUGAGGUAGCCCGGCCGACCAGUCCCCCGCCAGCCUACAGACCACCGACCCGCGGCCGGGCGGGGGCUGAGAUCUUUACAAUCCAUGCUCCACCGGAUUAUCGAUGGACACCUCUACCCGGAGAAAUGCCACAAGUUUUAUGAGCCAUACAUAUAUAUAUUUCAUGAGCUCGAUACAUAAGUAUGAAUGAGAAUAUACAAUACAUUAAUCUUCCUGUCGCAGGUUGUAAAAUAGAGCGCUACUGGCGUUUGAACGAUACUGGAAAAUCAGUCAUGACGGAUAUAUUUUCGAAGCAAUUCAGGAAGUUAGUCUCACCGUUUCUAUUAAAAGGUGACGUGUGAAGUUAAAUUUAAAAGUUGUACAUAGAAAUAUAGGUGUGUAUUUAUCUGCGAAUCCGCCAGUUGACGAGGAAGCAGGUUAAAGAGAUACAUGUACAUUGGUCGCUAACAGUGUCGGUAUAGUCACAAGCCUAGCGGCGGUAAUCGUUCACAGAUUAAGAGCAUGCAGGGUGCAGGUAGUGGAAAUGGUUUAUAGAUAUUGUAUAGCACUAAUUAACAUGGAAAUAAAUGCAAAGUUU